AAAAUGAUUAUGAAUUAGAUGAAAAUUCUCAAGAUAGUUAUACAUCUGACCCAGAUAUGGCAACAAUAGCUGAAUUAGCUAAUACUAUUGAUGAUUAUUUGAAUAAUUCAGGGACAAAUAGAACAAUUUUAUCCAAUCAAAUAAAAAGAGUUACAAGACAGAUACAUUACAAAUAUAACAAUCUUCAAACUGAUCUUAAAAAUGAGCAACAACAAAGAUAUAAUGCAGAAGCAGAACAAGAUAUAUGUCAAACAGAGUUAACACAAACUCAAGGAGAUCUCAACUUAAUAACUACUACAUAUAAUAAUGAAAGAGUUGUAUGCCAGCAGUAUUUUUUAGAAUUACAACAAUUACCUCAAAUGAUAGCUCUUGAGACAGACAAUGCAUGUGACUUCAAUGAUGCUGUUAAAUACGAUGUAUUAAAAAGUAAAAUAGAAGGCAAAUUUGCUCCAGUACCAGCUAAUGCUCCCUAUACUCAUGGUAAUCCUGCUAUUAAUACUCCAGCAAUAUUAUGGGGAUAUUUAAAUAUCAAAUAUCAAAGAGAAACAAUAGGUAGUCAACAAUCUGCAAUUCAAAGAUUGACUCAAGAAAGAUUUCAGUCUUAUGAUACUCUUGACUCCUAUAAAGCUAAAAUUUGA